AUGACUAAGCAGAAAAGACUGAUUACUUCAGCAUUGCCUUACGUAAACAACUUGCCCCACUUAGGGAAUGUUAUUGGUGCUGUGCUAAGUGGUGAUGUCUUUAAUAGAUACUCAAAAAUGAGAGGGUAUCAGACAACUUACAUUUGUGGCACAGAUGAGUAUGGGACUGCAUCGGAGGUAGCUGCUGAUAAAGAACAGAUCUCGCCUGGGGAUCUUUGUGCGCGAAACAGCGCUGAACACAAACGGGUCUACGAUUGGUUUCAGAUCGAGUUUGAUAGUUUUGGCCGCACGUCAAUGGACAAUCAUAAGGAACUCACCCAGCGGAUCUUUAAAGAGAAUUGGGAGAACGGGAACUUUGUUGAGCGAACUGAGCAGCGAUUCUUUUGUUUGCAAUGUGAUAUGUUCUUAGCUGACCGGUAUGUUAAUGGAAGCUGUAAGCUUUGUGGAGGCGACCAGGCCCGGGGAGACCAGUGUGAUGAUUGUGGGUCAAUUCUGCAACCAAGUGAUAUCUUAUCUCCAGUCUGUUCAACUUGUAAGCAAGCACCAGAAUUACGCGAUACAGUGCAUCUGUUCUUUAUACUGGACAAGUUUAAGGAAAAGGUAGGACUUAAGAUAGAGGAGGCCAGUCCGCAAUGGACAUCGGCAGCUCGGCAGAUUGCUAUGGACUGGAAAGGGAAAGACUUACAGGAACGGUGUAUUACGCGAGACUUGAAGUACCAAUGGGGCGUGCCAGUUCCUUUACCGGAGUAUAAAGGCAAGGUGCUUUAUGUCUGGUUUGAUGCGCCGAUUGGGUAUAUAACCUUUACCGAGGCAAUUGGACGUCUGGACUGGUGGACAGAUAAGAAUGUUGAUUUGUACGAGUUUAUGGGAAAAGACAAUGUGUUCUUCCAUAGUGUCUUUUUCCCGGCUAUUCUGAUGGGAACUAAGUCUGAGUACAACUUCCCUAAGGUUAUUUCUUCUACUCACUACCUGAUGUACGAGAAGGGUAAGUUUAGUAAGUCGCAAGGUCGGGGUAUCUUUGGGAAGGACUUGCUUGAAGAUAGAAUGGGCUGUGCAGGUGCAUGGCGGUUCCAUUUAUUGCGAACUAGGCCAGAAACAAGUGAUAGCAACUUUUCAUGGCGCGAGUUCCAUGAAUCGUACCAUACCAUGCUUAUUAACACUAUUGGGAACCUUUGCAACCGGGUUCUGUCUUUUAUCACCAAGCAAGCUAAUGGCUGCAUUGUAGCUACUUCUCUUCCUGAGGCCGAGAAAGAGACUCUUAACCAGCUUCUUAGCGAGUACAACGAGUGCAUGGAGAGGACUGAAAUCCGACCGGCUGUGGCUAAGGUUAUUGAAAUGGCCGUGGUUGGCAACAAGUAUGUGCAAGAGGCCUUUGAUCGCAAGCUUGCCAAGGAGGAAAAGAUCAAGCAAAUAGCACCAGCGGCCAACAUUGUUCUUCUCCUGUCCCGAGUACUCAUGCCCAUUAUUCCAGUUGAAGCCAAACGACUGCAAGAUAUGCUGGCUAUUAAUGAAGAGCCCACUAUCCCCGACUGCUUCCAGGAAGAUCUUCCCCAAGGUCACCGCAUUAACCAACCCUCCGUUCUCUUUACACCACUCACGGCCGAGCAAGUAGCAGCUGUGGCUCAAAUCUGCCCAGGCGAGUGCCCUUUCACCCUUCCCCACAAACAAUAA